AUGCCUUCCUUCUUCACCUUCGACCAAGGACGCGACCGCUUCCAAACCGAAUCGUCUCCCCUGCUGGGUCGCUUCCGCGCAGUGCCAAAUGCGUAUACCACGAAUGGGCGCACGCGCAGGAAGUCUCUCUUGGGCUUUUCUAUCGAUGGCUUCGGCGGCGCGUUUGGAGGGAGAGAUGAGGGGGAUGAGGGAGGAGUGGAUGGAUAUUACUGUGAUGGGGAUGAGGAGGAGGAGGGGGGAGCCGAAGCAGAGGAGUGUGGCGGGGCUGUUGCAUGGUGUGCGCUACCAUUUCCACAAUACGAAUUUCCAGAUGACGACAACACGGUCGAUUCACCAUUGGCCAUCCUUGGACACAAGAUACCAGGUCACGGAGAAGCUAGAGUUGAAAUUAACUUUUGGUUCUUUCUAUUCGUGUAUUAUGGUUUCUAUAAUAUAACGGCAUUAAUGUGGAUUACGAAAGUCUUCAAUAUUUAUUCGCUGAAUUGGUGGCCUAAAAGUCUUGGUUUUCCCCUAACAGUCUCUAUCAUUGCCGCAAUGUCAAUAGCAGCCCCGAUACCUUUUUAUUGUAUUCCCGAACUUCGAUAUAUUACAUCACAUAAUACAGCGUGGAUAUGCUGGACAUUCUUCGCCAUGGCAAUGCCAUUAUUAGUUGCAUUUGCUAUCCUCCUUAAUCAUGAACGACAUCUCGGUUUACGCAAUCCUCUUUCGGAAACUCAACGUCUUUUUACUUCUUCAUGGUGGACAGGUGAUACCGAUACCAUAAAUGCAAGAGAUCGACCACGAAGAGCAAAUAUUAUUCGAAGUCAAAGUACUUUUGAUCCCAAUGCUUCUCUAGAGGUGGCGUUAGCAUCAGAUGAUAUUUAUCGAUCCAGAGAUGCUCAACGUAUGUUGAGGAAACGUUGGCUGCCAGCAAGUUUUGUGAGAUUUAUGUGGUUUUGUUCGGCACUACUAAUAGCUAUAUUGACUUACCUUUUGGGAGAAACUUAUGCAGAGAUAUAUUUGCGAACAUUACCACAUAGUACGGUUGAAACGCUCGUAUAUGUUUAUAGCUGGGUUGUGACGGUUCAUCUAUUGGAUGGAUUAUGCGGGUGGAUUUUGGGGGGUAACGAGGGAGAAAGAGUAGGCAGUUACCCCCUUGGUUGGAUUUUUAAACUUUACUUCGCUCUCACCUACCAAACUUACGUCCGCGCUUUAUAUGCUCGUCUUCGAUCACCACAACAAUUCAUCUACCUCCAAGUAAUGUCCUCUUCAUUCUUGAUUCUCCUCGCCCCACUCACAAUCUCGGCACCCUUUCAUUCGCUCCUCACACUUCUCGGUUUGAGUGGUCAAUCAUAUACCGCAUAUCAGAAAUUCUGCACCCGAAACAUCUUCCUCCGCGGCUUGAGCGAAAACGUCUCAAUGCUUACUUUCCUCGGAAGUAUCUUGGUUCUGCACUACGGUGCCAAUAAAGACGUGUAUCCUUACUUCGCUUUCGACACUCCAAUCUCUCCACCAUCAAACCAAACCCUCUCUUCCAUCACCUACAAAUUCUUCCCUUCCAUGCCUCACAUCCCUCAUCAUCUUCCUUCUUCUGGUGCUCCUCCAUUGAACGCACCCCCCAAUACGAUUUCCGCCUCACGUUCUACGCGUCGAUAG